AUGGGUGAUUUUGAGGCUGGAGAGAUGGAAUUUGAUGGAGGAGAGGCUUCCAGCGUGAACGAUAAGAAGGUGGAGGAGUUAGCCGGAGAAGAAGAGAAGUCUAUGACACCGUCGCAGGUGGAGGAUAUGCUGAUUGAUAUGGAAGAAUCAGCUCAAAAGUUGAUUUUUUCGGACGAAGAAGACGCCUUUCCUUCACUUGCUGAUUUCGGAUGCCUUUCUUCUCCAUCGGCGUCGGCCUCUUAUUCAUCGGCGGCUUCCACUCUUCCCAAACAAUCGACUUCCUCCUCUUCUUCUUCCUCCUCUUUCUCAUCUUCAUCACCGUGGUCGUUCCUCUUCACCCCCACUGAGACUGAUGGUGGCAUGCACCCAGCGGCGGCGAGUGAAGACCCUCUGGCUCCCAUCACCGACGCCGGAUUUGAUAUUCUUGGUGAUGAUAUAGAUCUAUGGGAGACCUGCACGGACGAGCCUAUCGAGUCCACGUGGGAUUCAUCGCGGUCCUUCUUCCCGGACGAAAGAAACUGGGCCGGUGGCAGCGGCGGUGACCAGCAACCCGGGAAUGAAGAAAAGUUGGGAUUUUUGUCCGGCGGGGAUGAUUGCUCGUCGGAGGAUUUAGCUAACGUUUUCUUAGAAUGGCUGAAGGAAAACAAAGAUUUGAUUUCGCCGGAAGAUUUGAGGAGCAUUAAGCUCAAGCGCUCGACAAUUGAGUGCGCGGCUCGCCGUCUCGGCGGGGGAAAACAGGGGCGAGUUCAGCUUCUCAAGCUCAUUCUUGAUUGGGUUCAAAAUCACCAUCUCAAGAAGAGAAGACGACGCAACCGCGGAUCAACAAGAGAUCAGGAAUUGCCAACUUACGCUCCACCGCCUCUCCUUCCUCCUCCAACGAUUCCUCUUCCACCUACUCAUAUCGCAACUACUUCUAAUCCUAAUAUUGACUUCUACCAGGAAACUGUGCCCUGCAACUCUUGGAUGCCUUAUGCAGGGGAGUCCUCUUGCCCUCCGGUGAUGCCCGGUUAUAGAGGCGAGGCUCCUGCUGUAGCUGUGCCGUCUUACCAUUACUACAAUGACCAGGCUUUCUCAGCUCAUCCAUGGCAGCAGUUAUUGUCACCGGCCUCGACAUCAUCAGUGAUUCAUUACGCGCCAUUUGGGCAGCAGUCGCCUUCACCAAGCCUGCAAAACUUUCCAGUGCCGGUGCAGGUGCCGGUUCCGGUGCCUGUGCAGGUGCCGGUGCCGGUGCCUGUGCCAGUGCAGGCACCGCCGCAGUAUUUGCCAAUGUAUUAUCCGGGCCAGACGGCAUCGGCUACUAAAGAGGCUAGGAAGAAGAGAAUGGCUCGGCAUAGAAAAUCUUCCUCUCUUCACCCCCACAGAAGCCAACAGCAGCAGAACCAACAGCUACAGAGUUCGGAUAAUAUAAUUGUAACAGAGGAAACUUCUUCUUCUCACUCUAGUGUUAAUAAAGACAAUGCAAGCAACUUUCCAUCUCUACCCGCCGACAUUCCGUCUUCGCCGGCAGCAACGUUGGCUGCUGUGGCGCCGUCUCCUCCCACCAUAACGCCGAUGCAUGAGGAGAAUUAUCUACACAAGCGUACCACUUCACCUGGAGAGAGACGUCGGGACGGAAUCAAGUCGGAAAAUAACUAUAAAUUUUUGCUUCGGAAAGUGCUGAAGCAGAGCGAUGUGGGGAGCCUUGGAAGGAUUGUUCUUCCCAAAAAAGAAGCAGAGAUUCAUCUCCCAAUGCUUGAUUCAAGGGACGGAAUACCAAUUGAAAUGGAGGAUAUAGGAGCCUCAAGGGUAUGGAACAUGCGUUAUAGGUUUUGGCCGAACAACAAGAGUAGAAUGUACCUCUUGGAGAACACAGGGGAUUUUGUCAAAUCAAAUGGACUUCAAGAAGGAGAUUUCAUAGUAAUAUACUCCGAUGCCAAGUCUGGAAAAUAUAUGAUAAGAGGAGUGAAGGUCAGACAGGCAGUGGAUAUGAUCAAAGGCACAAGCAAUAGGAACCCAGCUGGAAAGGCUCAUCAGAAGAAGGAAAAGAGCAGCUCAACCAUGGCUGCUGUGAGCCAAUUGCUGGCCGAUGACAAAGGCAAAUCUCUUUGUACUGAUCAUCAGGAAUAA